ACAAUUUAAAAAAAUACUUUAGACAACAAUACCGCAAAAGAAUUAAACCAAAAAAUAAUCAAAAUGCAAAAGUUUUUACAAAUUAUAUUGAGUCUUACAUGUGCGGCUCUUUUGGGCUGUGAAGGCCGCGUUAUAUCGCAAGAACAAUUACAAAAAGUGCAACAGCUUUUAACGGAGACCCGUAUUAUUGGCGGCUCAGAGGCUACGGAAGGUUUGCUGCCCUAUCAAGUUUCCAUACAAAAUACCUUUGGUGAACAUGUUUGUGGUGGCGCCAUUAUAGCACCAGAAUGGAUUCUCACUGCCGGUCAUUGCUCGGAAUGGCCUAAGCAAUAUUUGAAAGUGGUAACUGGUACCGUUAAUUGGACUAAACCCGAUGCUGAGUAUUUGGUAGAAGAUAUGAAAGUUCAUUGUCUGCAUGAUAAACCCAUGUAUCACAAUGAUAUUGCCUUGAUACGUUUAAACAAACCGAUUGUGUAUAAUGAACGCACUCAACCCAUUAAGAUGGCCCAUAGCAAUACUCUAAAGGAAGGCGAUAAACUCACACUUUCCGGCUGGGGCAGCAUUAAGGUAUGGGGACGUUCUCCCGAUAUGUUACACACCGUUGAUUUAAGCUACAUGGAACAUGAUAAAUGCUCGAAGAAGGUUAAAAACUCUGCCUGGUUGGGUGAAGGUCACAUUUGCACUGAUACCUCAGAGGGUAAGGGUGCCUGUCAUAAUGACUCUGGUGGUCCUUUGGUAGAUGAAAACAAUAUGUUGGUGGGUGUGGUCAAUUGGGGCGAACCGUGUGCUGUAGGCAGACCCGACGUAUAUGCUAGUGUGCCUUAUUAUCAUGAUUGGAUUCGUGGUGUUAUGGCUGGCGGCAGCACUUGUUAAAAGGAGAAAAUAUUUAUAUAUUUUUUAAGAGAAUUUCAAACUGUGGAACAAACUAUGAAGCCAUAGCGAACAAACAAUUAGUUUUAAGUAUCAAUUUAUUUUAU